GUUCAACGUGUUAUUUGUGCCGGUAUAGUUAAGUGCCAAUUAAAUUAAAGUUUAAAAAAUCAGGAAUAUUGAAAAAAUUUAAACAUUUUUAAUGGUUAAAGCGCUCGCCUCGUAACCAGACGAAACGGUAAAGAAAAUAGGCUUCUACCAGUAACUAUAGUGAGUGCGGAACAACAGAUAUUAAGUGUAAGUAGCAAAUAUAGAAAUGCUGGAUUUCAGUCACAAAUCACUAAAACACUGCUGUUCCCGAAGCUUUAUAAAUGUUUAAGGUCACUGGUACGCCGUUUCGAUAGUUGUGAGACGCUUUUUAAACCCAUAUUGCAAUAAACGUGAUUAUACUUCAUUUUAUCCGAAUGACGAAAUACUAGACCAGAGGUAUUUCUAGUAGACCUUGUGCCGUGUCUGAAUGAACUCAUAGUUCCAAAAGGUCGGACACAAAAAUCUCCAACACGAGUGACAAGAUAACCUACUAGCUAGCGUGAAUGGAACAAUCCGUGCAUUCAUAAAGGUAACAGAAUAAAUGCGGUAUGUCUGUUUAAACCUGAACUGUGAAAUUAUUUCUGCGGUUACCGGGCGUGACCAGAGGAUACAGGGCUUAGUGCUGUUAUAAUUACUGGCGUGCGUGUCCGUGGGCAUGAUAUUUAAUAUAGUAAUUGCUUCAACCCAGUGGUCACUAAUGGUUUGACUAAAAUAUGAACGCCAAAGGCAAGGCUUAUUAUUUUGGUAUAUGAAGCGACCGUGUAUAAUGCGUAUAACAACACACAUAUUUAUUCUUUAUAUUCGGUUGUUUGGCUAACCACUGACUCGUGUUAAAUUAUUGAUUUUGCCAUGAAAUGAAUUAUCCAAUAUACAUGAAUGUGGAAUUAGAUUUCUGGGGAUAGUAUAACGUCAAAAUAUGUAUUGUGAUAUCACAAUGGUAACUACCGGUUGACGAAAUAAUAAAACGAUUGUGACAUCACGAAUACAAUAUGGGAAUACAUAUUAACGGGAAAAUUUCGCGGGAUGCAAAAAAUAUUGGGUGUUGUAUAUUUUAGGGGAUAAAAUAUGUGUUUCUUUAGCUAUUUUUGCGCAAAACGAUCUUUAAAAUAUGUUUUACAUGGUUGUCUUGCAGAUUAUUCGGUAGAAUUGACUUUUUAUAAAAUUAGAUACGAGAUUUGGGGAACUAUAAUAACAGAACCGACAAAGUGCGAUUAUGACGGAACAACUAAAACUUCCGGUGAUCGGGAAAAAGAAAUCAUCGAGCACUUUACUGCCGCCAGUGGUGGGUUCAUGUUGUUCAACACGGUCACUAGGUGGGAGAAGAAGCGUCGAGUCGCGUGGUUCAACGUGUGCUACGUCAGAUGGGGACUUGGAUAAAAGUCUUUCAUCAACGGAUUCGUUGACAGUUGAAGAAAGCAACCAAUUGAAUCGGAGAAAGAAAUCAACCAUUGACCAAUCAAAUUCGAUCAAGACCAAUUUAAAAAUGGCGGGAAAGGAAAGCGGAAAGUCAGGAAAGAAAGUUGACGAUCAAAUGAACUACGAACACUUGCAACAACUUGAGCAGAUAUUUAAUGAAGGCUCCAAGGGCGAAGAAGGAUUGGACAUGAAAGAAUUCCGAGUAGCUAUGAAGAAAACGAUGGGAAACGAUAUCGAUGAUACAGAGUUGGAUAUGAUAUUUAUGAAGGUUGACAACAAUUGUGACGGAACGGUGGAUUGGGAUGAAUACCUUUCAUACAUGUUGUUGGAAUAUCAAGAGAAGAAGAAUAUGUUUACACUGGACCAAGAUUGUCCAUUUCCAAACCGUUUGUCAAUUAAGACAAGCAAUCAUCUGGAGUCGAUAUGUAGUGUAAGGUUGCUACAGGCAUUUGGUCGGGCAAAUGCUCAUGGUGAGGCUGAACCAGAUGAUUCAGCUAGCAGGUACCUCACCUUGUCAAGAGAAGGUGUUUUAAAUAUUUGGAACAUGGAUUGGACGCUACAGAAGUCUCUAACAUUAGAUGCAGCGAAGGGCAUGUCGGGCCAACCAACAAACCCAGCAGGAAGUAAGGGUUUGGCUGUGACAGAUAUGGUGUGUAUGCCGAACUGCAACACAGUGGCAGUUGCUUCUACUGAUUAUGAAGUGUCUUUUUACUCAAUGACAUCAAACAUGGUGCAGAGGAGAUUUCAAAUUAAAAAUCUCAAAGACUGUCCCUUAACCAUGGACUACAGCUACAACUUUAAAAAACCUCAGAAUGCAAUCCUACUGUGGGGGGACACCAGUGGAAGCAUAGUCAUUAUAAGAUUCCAUGAAAAUCCCAAUCUAAGUCUGUUUUCUGCCCCGUUAUGCCCAAAUAACCAAAUCAGUUUAAAGCGAGUGUUGCAAGGAAGUAUUAAUGGCUUGAUAGCAGCGAGAUUUAAGAACGUGCAUACAGAUUGGGUCCAGCAAGUCAGAUACUUCAUUAAUAAAAAGGGCCUAGAAUGCUUUAUUUCUGGAUGUGUAAAAGAUGACACUGCACUAUUUUUUGCUGAUAUCACAGAAAAAGUAACAGGCACUGGCAAGCAAAGAAUGAAUGUCAACAGGCGCUCAUACUUCUGCAUAAGAAAGGGUGUUCUUUGUCUAACAUAUGAUCCUGAAUGGAACCUUAUUGUGACUGGUAGUCGUGAUUGUGAUGUAAGAGUAUGGAACCCAUAUGUAAUUGCUAAGUCAUCAGCAGUAUUGAAAGGUCAUAAUUCAGCUGUUCUUAAUGUGGUGGUACGGUCAUUUGAUCACCAAAUUAUCAGUGUCAGCAAGGACAAGAAUGUAAGAGUUUGGGAUCUCCGAGAUUACUCGUGCAAACAAAACAUCCAUGGUCGUAACAUUCCACUUGGUAGACUUGAUAUCACAGCAGUUUGUUUUAAUGAGAGAUACAAAGAACUUGUGAUCGCUACAAACAGGAUUGGAGUCCUUCACCCACGAGCAUCAGCAGUUACAAGUUAUUCUUUAAAACAAACUAAAAGCCACCAGAAACCUGUAGCUAGAGUGUUGUUUAAUCCACUGUUUAACCAGAUAGUGACAGGGAGUGAAGACUCGAUGGUUUGUCUCUGGGACAUAAAGACUGGGGUGAAACAAAUGCAGUUUAACACUGGUAAUGAUGUGGAGAUAACUUGCAUGGCCUUUGAUCCAACAAACAGAAGAUUGUUAAUAGGAGGGAGAAAUGGUGCAGCUAUUUUAUGGAACUUUAACAACGGAGCAAAACUUCGAAGCUUGGAAAAGAUGGAUAACCAGGAGAUUACUGACGUUGUGUUUACAAGGCAACGUAUUGUAACAGCAGGGUGGAACCGACAUGUCAGAAUUUACUUGGAUUCUUACGGGAACGACCAAUAUGAGUUGUUGAACCAAACACAUGAUGAUGAUGUACUAAGCCUGGACUAUCACAAGUCAGAUUCAUUACUCGCAUCAGCAUCUUAUGAUGGGGAUGUCUAUAUAUGGUCAGUUGAUGCUGGGGAAGUACUCAUGACAUUCAACAUGCAUAUAAGCUUGUUGCCAAUACACAGAGAAGACCAGGUUGUUAAGAAGGAGAAAAAACACAGGGUUCGAAAGUUGAAGAAGCCAUACAGUACUGCAAGCAGUGCAUCUGAGUCAGAAAGCAAGAAAUCCCGUCAUGGAAGAAGGUCGGCCACAACUAUUGGGUUUGUUGUGAAGAAAGAUGAUGUGUGGUUGCCAUCUAAUUUACCAUGGCUGAAGAAGAGUAAAAAGCAAUGGAAUGACAAAGAAGAAAGCGUUUCCUCUGACAGUACUUUCAGUGAGACCGAAAGUGAGCGCACUCACUCCUCCAACUCUAGGAGCAGCUCAAGGUCAAGUGCCAAUGAAGAAAUUCAUAAGAAAGCCAUGCAGACCGACCGUGCGGUUUAUAAAGUCCUUUUCCUCCAAAUGAGACAAGCAUCAGAGACAUGCUCUACACUUAUAACAGCGGGAACUGAUGGCUGGUUAAGCGCUUGGUCUGUUCAUCAACGUGGUGGUAUGCUGGGUUACUACCAUGCUUGUAAGAAGCGGGACAGAGGUGACUUUGUUACCUUCAUGGUAAGCGAUGAGAAGAAUAAGGUUCUGGUAACUGGGGACAGCAGAGGUUAUCUUAGAGUGUGGGAUAUUGAGAAGUAUUGCAAUGAAGAAGAUGUUGUUAGGAGAAGAUCAAUUGUAGACUCAUCAAUGGAAAUGACAUCUUCAUAUGCCUCAUCUGUUUAUUCAUAUCAAUCCAACUGUCGAUAUCUACCAACCGACCAACCCCCAGUGUUAAAGAUGUCGGUUCGAGCACACACCUCUGCAGUCACUUCCAUAGCUUAUGUCACAAACUAUGGGAUGAUUGCAUCUGGAGGGGUGGAUGGGAGUGUAAGGUUGUGGGCAAUCAAUGGGAGAUAUAUUGGAACUUUUGGCCAACCAGAUUCAUGGAGCAUUGACUUACCAAUUGAGAUGAGUGAGCUGCCAGUAGCCAUACCCUCAGAUGUAAGACGGGUAGCUUCACCCACAACGCUACGUACGGCUAAAGGCAGCGUUCAUACGCAGUGGAAGCAAGUGAAAAAUGCAGUGAAUUUUGUCAACCUAGCAGGAAGGCUAAAUGAUAUGAAUAUGAAUACGAAAGCUUCUAAGAAACCGAUACCAAAAGCAGUACGAGUGGUACAGGAGGAAAUGGUCAGGAGAAAUUCAAUUGAACAAAGGCUUAAUGCAGUUUCAGACAGAUUACUUGAGGAAUCUGCACCUGAGACAGCCAUGGAAUCUCGACAAAGAAGGGGAAGUGUAACUGUAUGGAUGCAAGAUAUUCCUCAUUCUAUAACAUGCAAGCAUAAAUCAGUUGAUCAAGUUGAACAAACCUUUCAAAGAAUAAAGAAAGAAGGAUUGAAAAGCAAGAUACUGGGAAAUAUCAAUUACAAACCUAAAUUGAGACACAGAAGGCAUAGAAUUGAUACUGAUAUUAAAUGGUGCGACAAACAUGCUGUGAUAUUUAAUUCCCUUCCAUUUGCGCAACUCAACCAACCUGCCAUACCCCCAACCCCUGAACAUAUGCGGAAGGAGAAUAAAGAGAAUGCGCGAUAUCAUUUCAACAUGGCGCAGAAGAAGUUACAAUUAUCUGCAGCUUUUAGACGAGCUUCAAGACAGGAAAGUCGACCGAAAUCUAAAACUCCUGAUUUUACUAAAACCCAUGAUAAUGUUAUCACCCUUCCACCAAUUGGUGGCGGAAAAGAGCCACACAGAUCUGGGGAGUUACGAAACGAAGCCGGCCAUAAAAUCGUGGUCAAAAAGUCAAAUAUUUCGAAACACAGAGCACCCUCACCUCUUGCCUCACUACCCGUCAUUGCUUGA